CGAUAAGCCCAAAUUCUGAGGGGGAAGGUAACGGAAGAAGGGUGACUUAGCCCUAACGAAUAGAGCUUCAAUACUGCUGAAGUUCAUUAAAAGACAGAUCGGAUUCGGGUAUGCAGGACGUCUUGGCACAUGUCAGACUUUCUUGAAAUCGGCGCGUCAUUAAGCGGUUGAUUCACCCUUAAUUAAGAAUUAGAGGAGAGGCAAUCUGACGCUCUGUGUUCUCCGCAAUCAACAGAAAUAAACCGUUCUUGGAAGCCGAUAGUAGUAUAACGUUCCCAGCUUAUUAACUCCACUUAGAAACAAGGAAAUGCAAUUGUGGAUUUUCCGUAGUCCUGUUGAUUAAUGUUUUAUUAAGUUGCUCCAAGGAUUUGAUCUGCAUUUUAGAAUCUUCAAAUCUGGAUAAACUCGUGUAGAAAUUGUCAGAAUUCACUAUUGAAUUUAUCAACCGAAAAUGAACUUCUCAACUUUUUUAUACAUUUGUAUAUUCUCUAUUAUAACAAAUGUGGUUUUCUGUAACAGAGAAAGAAAAAUUACAGAAAUUCUGGAAUCCGUUCGAAAAAUUGAGGAACAUCUUUCGAAAGAAGACAGGCUUCGAGAAAUCGCUGAUAUAAUUCGAAUAGAUGCUAACGUAGAGAAACUGAAUGCGAAAAUGGAUCGUGUCUUAAAUAUCUUAGACAACACGGCUACACCGGCAAUUGGAAGAAUUGAUAGCAGCUCUUCCGUCAGUCAAGCUAACAACAUGGAAAUAAUCCAAAACAAGCUGCAGAAUUUAGAACUUUCGAUAGCAGGUGUAGAAGAAGCAAUGAAGAAAAUAGAUUUUGAUCCCAUGAAAGUUAAUGAAAUUGAACGCCGAACCACUCAACUAAAAGAUGACAUGAACGCAAAAUUAAGAAAAAUGAUGAAUGUUCUGACUGCUCUGUAUGAAUUGAACAAAGAUAUGAAAACUAAUGUAGAAAGUCGGCCCGAUAACAAAGAACAGCCAAUUGGUGAAUCAAGAUCGUCGAGCUUCGCUACUGAAUUCUUAAUGGAAAAUUUGGACGAAUUGGAAAGAAAAAUAAAAGAACAAUUCAGUGUUCUGACGAGUGAGAUCCGAUCAGAGGUUACAAGUUUAAAAAUCAUGGCUUCUACUGCCAAUUCUAACUGCCAGCCUGCUACUACAGAAGAAGAUGAAGAUGAAUGGAUGACUCCACAGGACAAUGCUAGAGCAGGUAGACCACCACCGGCUGGAAGAUCUUUGACCAGAUCCAGCAAUGGCCUUGAUAACUUAGUAGAAAGUCUUAGUCGAUCGACGAGAGAAAUACGAGAAGAAAUCCAGCAAGGAAUUCAAGGUUUGGACACGAAACUUCAAAAUCUAACUGCUAUUGCCCAAUCUCAACCGAAAUGCGAUUCUUUUGAUACUGCAGAAUCUAUAAUUACCAGUAGACGAGCUGGUAUGCCAUUUGAUAGAGUUCCAAUUCAAAAUCUUGAUGAGAAUAACAGAAGAGCUAAGAGCGAUACUUGCACAAAAGUUGCUCAAAAUGUCCCAAAUCCGAAAUCUUGUGCCGAUUUGAGAAGAGGAGGAGCAACUUGCGAUGGAAUUUAUGUGAUCUUUCCGAAAGGACGUAGAGCUGUAAGAGUUUUAUGUGAUAUGACUACUGAUGGCGGAGGAUGGACUGUUCUCAUGCGAAGAGGCGAUUACGGAGAGAAAAUGACAAGCUUUCACAGAAACUGGCUUAGCUACAAAAAUGGAUUCGGAGAUGUUGAAGGGGAAUUCUGGUUAGGAAACGAUGUAAUCUUUUUCAUGACAUCAGAGGAAGCAAACAUGUUACGAAUUCACAUGUCAGCCUUUGAUGGUGAUGAAGUGAACUUGGAUUAUUCCUCUUUUUCUGUUGGCAACGAGACUACAAAUUAUCGUCUGCAACUUGGUCCUCCAGCUGGUGUUCCGAAUAUUGCUGCGAAUAGUCUGCGGUACCACAACAAUCACCCGUUUAGCACAUUUGAUCGCAAAAACGACGACUUUGACCAAAAUUGCGCAGCUACUUACAAGGGUGGUUGGUGGUUCAAUGGAUGCUAUUUUGGAUUCUUAACAGGAGAAUAUUUUAAACCAGAAGAUAAAAGAGAAAACUGGCAAGGAAUUUUGUGGUAUGAUUGGAAGGGAAAUUCAGCUUUAAAAGGAGCAGAAAUGAUGAUUCGACCAAAGAAUUUUGUAUCAUCGAACUGAAUGGUUCUAUAAAACUUGUGUUAACU